CUAGAAGCAUUACGGCAACAUAACUAUCGCCAGCUUCUGCACUAACGUUCGGGGCUUUAUCGCUGACCGCCGUCGCUGGUAACUGCCUUUGCAUCUGGCACCGAGCAUAGUUGACAGCUAGUAUGCACUCCGUGUACCCUUUCAUGAGCUAAGUAGUUGCGACUCUUGCUGCCGGAUUGUUGCAGACUGGCCCAAUCCGGUACACCGUGGGACUUGUAGGUAAACUUUCCAGCCUGCGCCAAACGCCAUGGGAAAAACACUUGCGAAAGCGAGGAAGAAGGCUGCUAAGCUUGCUGAGGAACAGGGCCAGCUUAGCGGUGCCGCUCAGAGCGCAUUGGCCGUCAUCGCGAAGCGACUCAAGUACAAGCUGCCUCAAAAUCCCAAAAAGAAAAUUAAGCUGGUACCAAUUAUUAGUGAGGCUCUUAACGCAAAGGCCUGGGACGAUGCGCAGCAACUGUUCGACAUGCUGGAGCGGAAACGGCAAACUCCAGACGCCGAGAUUCCCAAACUCGGCGCUGUCAUGCGCUGGGUCAGAGUUGCUGACCUGGCUGGCACGGAGGCUAUAUCUGCCAAGCUACUCGCGGCCAUCAUGCGCGUCUCCGGUGGACCACGCCCUGGCUUAGCAGCAUCCCAGGCUGCUCCAAACGCACCGGAAGCUGCUGCUAGCAGUCCCGAAACCGCCACGGAUGGCUCCUCCUACAUCCCUGUGCGGCGCUUCCCUCCUUGGCGGCCAGAGCCUGCUGCCAUCAGCUGUACAUCCUCGGAUACCGCACCUGCGGCCGUCCUCACCUCCAUGCCUGCUGCCACCGACAGCGCGGCUGUAGACUCUAAGGACCUCCAAUCAGUAGCCGUCAGCGUAGCAGCAGCUGCAGCGGCGGCUUCAGCGGCAGACCCCUCCUCCUCCUCUUCUCAUGUGCCCCAGCAACCAGGCAACGGGUCGGGCUGCUACGCGGGUCGCUUUGCCGUCGUUCCGCUCCCCGCAGAAUACGCCGGCACGAACACCAACGGCAGCACCGCUGCUGCCGCCGCGGCAGCAGCCGCGGCGGCCUCCGCUAGCAACUCCACCAGCGCCGCCACGCUGCUUCCCAACCUUGCAAAAGACCUAACUAUGUUUUGUACGGAACCCGGGCUCAUUCGUUUCGAGGCGAACCGGCCGCCAGUGGUCCGCGUGGAGUGGCCGUUCGUACAAGGCGCUUUCUCGCUAGUAGGCGCGUUGUCGCGCGAGGAAUGCGCGCAGAUCGUGGCAUGUGCGGAGGAGAUGGGAUACACGGUGGACCCGGAUUACACGUUUUCGGCAGCGGCGCGUGCGGCGGCGAUGGGCGGCCUGGGGCUUUCUGCGGGCAGCGCUGCGAGGAAUGGCGGGUCCGGGGGCGGAGAACGCGGCGCGGCGGGAGUUGUGUGGCUGGCGGACGAGACACUGCAGGGCCCACUGUACGAGCGAGUGGCUCACCUGCUGCCCCAGAACUUGUGCGGAGGCGCACUGGCGGGCAUCAACGCGAGGUGGCGGCUGUACAGGUACGACAAGGGGGCUGUGUACCGGCCCCACGUGGACGGUGCCUGGCCGGGCAGCGGACUCAAGAACGGCCGGUACGAAUUCGAUGCGUACGGCGACAGGUGGUCCAGGCUGACGUUCCUGGUGUACCUUAACGACGACUUCGAGGGCGGUGCCACCACCUUCUACACGCCGGCGCCCGCAGGCAGCGGCGCCUGCCUGGAGGCCCACAGUGUGAAGCCGGUGGCUGGUAACAUUAGUGUGUUUCCGCACGGCGACACACUGGGCAGCUUGGUGCAUGAGGGCGCAGCUGUGACCCGUGGGUCCAAGUACGUGAUUCGCACGGAGGUGCUGUACAAGUUGGCCCCCGGAGUGAAAAGCGGCGGUGCGGGCGCCCCCCAGCCGGCGAUGCAGCUUCCGGUUAAGUCCAAGACAUGAGGGAAGAGCCAAGUGGCGACGGAGCGCGAUAUCUUGUAAUGUUUCAUGAUGGAUCAGGGAUAGACGCAGGAUGUAAGGUGCUUGCUGUACAGUGAAAACAUUUGGCCACAUGCACCUUGCUUGCCGAAAUGCAACGGGGUAGCGCGACGGGGUGCCAGCAUGCGUUAGGAACGGUGCUGAAAGUUGUGCGGUGCUGUUGAGGUGUGAAUUUGAACGGCGUGCGGCUCGAAUACACUUGCGUGCGGCAGUUGCUGUCUUUUGACGAGCCAAAUGAGCAAGGGGCGGGCAUCAUUGGUUUAGGAAUUGUAGCCCAUCGCCGCACGGUAAUGAACAUCAUCCUAACUUUCCCAACUGCAAUGGCUUUAGGGUUAUGCCGAAUGUACGAAGAACCAUUACAUAGUCGGUUGGGAAAUCCCAAAUGUGUCUGCGUUUGUAACGUACAAAGGUUGUGUGUUCAUUUCGUCCAGGUUUACCUCACUUUCCUCCACUUAAUCAACCCAGCAACACGUCAUCUGCCUAAGCAAGCACCAAACGGG